AUGCGUCCACCACUCUCCAUGCGUCCACCACUCUUGCCGCGUCCACCACUCUUACUACGUCCACCACUCUUACGACGUCCACCACUCUUCCUACGUCCACCACUCUUCAUGCGUCCACCACUCUUCCUGCGUCCACCACUCUUCCCGCGUCCACCACUCUUCAUGCGUCCACCACUCUUCAUGCGUCCACCACUCUUCCUGCGUCCACCACUCUUCCCGCGUCCACCACUCUUCAUGCGUCCACCACUCUUCAUGCGUCCACCACUCUUCAUGCGUCCACCACUCUUCCCACGUCCACCACUCUUCCCACGUCCACCACUCUUACUACGUCCACCACUCUUCCCACGUCCACCACUCUUCCCACGUCCACCACUCUUACUACGUCCACCACUCUUCCCACGUCCACCACUCUUCCUACGUCCACCACUCUUCAUGCGUCCACCACUCUUCCCACGUCCACCACUCUUCCCACGUCCACCACUCUUCCCACGUCCACCACUCUUACUACGUCCACCACUCUUCCUACGUCCACCACUCUUCCCACGUCCACCACUCUUACUACGUCCACCACUCUUCAUGCGUCCACCACUCUUCAUGCGUCCACCACUCUUCCUACGUCCACCACUCUUACUACGUCCACCACUCUUACUACGUCCACCACUCUUCAUGCGUCCACCACUCUUCCUACGUCCACCACUCUUCCUACGUCCACCACUCUUCAUGCGUCCACCGAUCUUCAUGCGUCCACCACUCUUACUACGUCCACCACUCUUCAUGCGUCCACCACUCUUCCUACGUCCACCACUCUUCCCGCGUCCACCACUCUUCAUGCGUCCACCACUCUUCAUGCGUUCACCACUCUUCAUGCGUCCACCACUCUUCAUGCGUCCACCACUCUUACUACGUCCACCACUCUUACUACGUCCACCACUCUUACUACGUCCACCACUCUUCCCACGUCCACCACUCUUCCUACGUCCACCACUCUUACUACGUCCACCACUCUUACUACGUCCACCACUCUUACUACGUCCACCACUCUUCAUGCGUCCACCACUCUUCCUUGCAGGCUCAGCACGGCUCUCCAGUAAGUCUCCUUGUUCUUGGACGUGA